AGCAACAGCAAUCCAUUGCUCGGUAGACGUCGGGCCAAAUUUGCGCACUCGACGCAGCAAGUACAGUAUGCUUGAGACGUGACAGAACCGAACGGGACGUGCUUUUUGGAGUGGAAGGGAUCACUGUAGCGAUGGCUGAUAGUGGACGGGAGGAUGGCGAAAUGGUCGCUCGAGAGGUUUCUAAGGGACAGAAUGACACGGACGAGUCUAAUGGGACUAAGGACGAAGGCGACUUAGUGGAGAUUAAGAUCGUCGAUGAUAAAGCGGCACGGGGGUUAGUAAGCGAUGAGAAGCGGAAAGCGGCGGGGGGGAAGAAGCGGAAGAAGAAGCGGCCGGCGGGGCGGAAGUGGGCGGUGUUGGUUGUCGGGAUGCGGGGGGAGGCGGAGCUGUUACAGUGCACGAAGCAGGCCAUCAUGCGCCGCGUGUCCGUCCCCGCGCGCGAUCUGCGCCUGCACGGCCCGCUACUAUCCCCCGCCGCUGCCAUUCUAGGCCGGGAGGGGUGCAUGAUGGUGAACCUGGAGCACAUCAAGGCCAUCAUCUCCGCUCACGAGCUGCUCCUCUUCCACCCCUCCUCGCCGCCCGUCGCCGCCUUCGCCGCCCACCUGGAGCGCGUGCUGGCCAUGGCUCCCGGAGACGUGCUGGCACAGGGAAAAAAUCAGGCUCCAACUCAGGCCGGGGCGCAUGCCGGGGCGCAGGCAGGGGCACAGGGGAAGGAAAAGACACAGGCACAGGAGCAGGCACGGACACAUGCUCAUGCCCAUGCUGCUGAGGAGACAGAUAUGCAGAAGAGAGGGGAGGAAGCAGAACGGAAGGAGGAAAUCAGAUGGGGGAGAGGAGGUGAGGGGAGAGGGGGGGAAGCAGGUUCGGCAGGAGAGCGAGGCAGAAGUGUAGGUGGAGAGCAAUGCGGGGAGGGAGAGAUUGAGGUCGUUGGAAUCGCCACGGGAAGAAACGAGGGUGAAACACGAGGUGUGGGGGAUGGAGGAGACAGAGGAGGGGAGAUAGAAGGAGGGAGGGAGGGGGAGAGGAGAGCAGAACGAGGGGCAGUAGAAGCUGUGAGGGAACGAGAAAAGGGGGAGGAGGAGGAGGAGGAGGAGGAGGAGGAGGAGGAGGAUGAGCUACUCCCAUUCGAGUUCCGCGUGCUGGAGCUGAUUCUAGAGGCCGUGGUGAGCGGCAAGCUGGAGCCGGAGUGCCGCGAGCUGGAGAGGGACGCGUACUCGGCUCUCGACUCUCUUGCGAAGGCGGUCAGCACUGCGAGUUUGGAGACUGUCAGAGGGGUGAAGAACCGACUCACCGUGCUGACCUCCCGGGUUCAAAAGGUGCGGGACGAGUUGGAGCACCUGCUAGAUGACGACCAGGACAUGGCAGACCUCUACCUCACUCGCCGCCUGCAGUGGCUCAGACUGCCCGACUCCCCCUCACACUCCUCCUCACGCUCUCCUUCGCACUCUCCCUCACACUCUCGCACACACUCUCCUUUGCACCCUACCUCACACUCUCCCUCACACUCUCCCUCACACUCUCCUUUACAUCCUACCUCACACUCUCCCUCACCCUCACCCUCACCAUCCCCUACUCCUGGCUCCCCUCCUCCCCAUCUCCCACCCGCCAUUUCUUCUUAUCCUCCCUCUGCUGCCACUCCUGCUUCCACAGCUGCUCUCUCUCCUGCUGCACCUCCCCUUCUCAUACCUUCCGUCUCUGCUGUUGGUGCUUCUUCCCCCACUCCCCCUCUCACCAUCGCACAAGUUACCUCCCCCGCACCCUCCGCCUCUGUAUCUGUCUCUAGUCACGGGGACUCCCUCACUCACUCCCUCUCUCAUUCCCUCACGCACUCCCUCCCCCCCUCGCUCUCUCACACACUCGCCUUCCUUCCUGUGACUGGAAGGAGCGUCCGCGGCUCAGGGAGAGGCGCAUGGGGGGGCAUGGGGGGAGCGAUAAGGGGAGGGAUGGGGGAAAUGGGGGGAUUGGGGGUGGGGGUGGGGACGGAGAGUACUGUGAGCUCGAGUGUGGUGAGUGUGGGAGGUGAGGAUGUGGAGGAGCUGGAGAUGCUGCUGGAGGCGUACUUCACGCAACUUGACCGUCUGUUGAACGACUUAACAGCGCUGCAUGAGUAUGUGGACGACACGGAGGACUAUGUCAACACACAGCUGAACUAUCGGCGGAACCAGCUGCAGGGAAUGCAGGUUCUAAUCACGGCAACGGGAACAGUGCUCGCGGUUGUCAUUGUGAUCAUUGCAGCCUUUUCAGAGAACCUCCCCAACGCCCUCUAUGAAACAGAGGGGAAAUUUAUCCCCUUCCUCCUCCCUCUGCUCGGCACUGCUGCGGCUAUUCUGGGUGGUUUCUUCUACUACACUUGGUAUUUCCAGAUAAUUACUUGAUAGCGCAAUGUGCUACACAAACUUGUCUGCUUUACACUAUUCCUGCAAUUUUGGCAUGGCUCUGGGGGGCCACAUGCUUGAUUUCCUCAUACCGUAGGUACUGAAAAAACAUGGCAAUGACAUGGUGUUGGACCGGCUUGGUGAUUGGGUGCUCCUGGAACUUGGGAGACUAGCAGCUAGAAAUUGUUAGAAGGCUAGCUUAGCUAGAAAGCUAGGAAAGGCAUGAGGUUUAGCUAGGAGGAGCCAUGGAGUGGCGUGAGGUUUAGGAAGGAGAAAAGUUGAGAGAAAAGGGGGUUGGAAUAGAAAGGGAGGCAUACAAGGAGGGGAUUGUACCCUCUACAGUAAAGUUCGGUCACCUAC